AUGCCAGACAGCAAUAUGGAUGAAACAGAACUGAAGCAGCCGCCAAUAGAUCGAAAUAUUCGCUGGGGCGACGAAGAAGCAGCAACGACCCGACCAUACCGCGGCUCUACCCUGCGCCGUACAAACUCCACUGGCUCGCUCUCCAUCCACAGCGUGCGCUCGAGACGCGAAGUCGAACCUGGCGUCAUCUUGCCCAUUCAGUACCGCACGGUCUCCUUCCAAAUCGAAGAAACCAAGAGCAAAAGCAAAGAUGUCGCCGCCGUUGAGAAGGCGAGGGACUCAGCCACCAGGGAGCUGUCUUCGCUGGACUGGCACACCAUCUCGUCCGAUGAGGCCAUACGCCGGUUGGGUUCUUCGAUGAGAGAGGGGCUCUCGGGUGAGCAGGUCGGACGGAAAAUCAAAGAAUAUGGCCGCAAUGCUCCUUCGCCACCCAAGUCGAGGACGCUGCAGAAAUACUUGGGCUACAUGUUCAAGGGGUUCGGUCCCAUCUUGCUCAUUGGCGCAAUUCUCGUCUUCGUGUCAUGGAAGCCGCUUGGAAACCCGCCCGCUUUGGCUAACCUGGCGCUGGCUAUUGUGCUCCUCGCGGUCUUCUUCAUUCAGGCUGGCUUCAACAUGUUCCAAGACUGGAGCUCAUCCCGUGUGAUGAGCAGUAUCAAGAACAUGCUCCCCGAAGACUGCAUGGUCAUCCGAGACAGCAUCCAGUCGUCCAUUUCCGCGCAUGAGCUAGUCCCCGGUGACAUCGUUUGCAUCAAAGCUGGCGACAAGCUACCGGCUGAUAUGCGCUUUCUUCAUGUGUCUUCCGAUGCCAAGUUCGACCGGUCUAUCCUUACGGGAGAGUCCCUGCCCCUUGCUGCGACUGUCAACUCAACUGAUGAUAAUUACCUUGAAACCAAAUGCAUUGGUCUCCAAGGUACCCAUUGUGUCUCUGGCGCGUGUACCGGCCUCAUCGUCGCAACGGGUGACCGAACUGUCUUUGGAAGGAUAGCAGCUCUGACCAAUGAACCGAAGACGAAGAUGACGACGCUCGAGAAAGAAGUGCUGAGAUUUGUUAUCAUCAUUUCUUCGAUUAUGCUGACCAUGGUUCUUGUCGUCUUGAUUGUCUGGGGGGCUUGGCUACGAAAAGACCACCCGGGAUGGAUCAACGUGCCGACUCUUAUUGUGAGCUGUGUCAGUGUGGCAAUUGCCUUUAUUCCUGAAGGCUUGCCUAUCGCCCUGACAGCCGGUCUUACCAUCACGGCCAAUAUCAUGCGACAACACAAGAUUUUAUGCAAAUCUUUGAAAACCGUCGAGACCCUCGGCUCCGUUUCUGUCAUUUGUUCUGAUAAGACGGGUACACUUACCGAGAAUCGCAUGACCGUGACGAACUGUACCGUUGGCGAGCACAACCUUACCGACCAGGAGGCAACACUCGACUACAGUGAAAGCGCAGCGCCAGACGUGGCCGGUAUCAUUACCAGCGCCGUUGGUCAAAUCCGUUGCAUGGCCGGACUCUGCAACGCAGCUGAAUUCGAUGCCGCGACCAUGCAUUUACCUAUUGAAGAUAGACGCGUGUAUGGUGAUGCCACCGACCAAGCCAUCUUGAGAUUUAGCGAACACAUUGGUUCCGUGAGUCACUUGCGUCAAUGUUGGCAGAAGACCUACGAGCUCGCUUUCAACAGCAAGAACAAGUACAUGAUCAGGACUUUCUCGCUCUUUCGACCGGACUGCUUGACAGAUACGCUUCCUGAGGGCGAGGCGGAUAGCUUCCAGGCUGAUGAUACACUUUUGACAAUCAAGGGCGCGCCCGAUAUCCUCAUCAAGAGGUGUUCCCACUUCACCAAUAAGUCGGGCGACGCUCACCUCCUGGACGACACGAUGCUAGCCACCUUCGAAGCCCUGAAGAACACGUACAGCAGCCAAGGCAAGCGAUGUAUCCUCUUCGCGAGGAAAGUGAUCCGCAAGCAAGACAUCCAAAACCAACCCGGGACCAGCCAAUUCGAAGACGAAAUGUUCGAGCAAGCCAAGUCAGGCCUGACCUUAGUCGGUCUAGUAGCCAUCGUCGACCCGCUCCGCCCCGAAAUCCGCGACGUCGUCUCAACCCUGCGUCGCGCAGGUAUCCGCAUCUUUAUGGUGACGGGCGACUUUGCCCUGACGGCCCUAGCCAUCGCCCAAGACGCCGGUAUCGUGAGCACGCCCACGCCACUCGUGCACAACGCGACCGACCUGCCCCGGGAAGCUGUCUCCGACGAAGCGAAACCGCAGGACAGGACAUCGCUCCUGAUUAGCGGCCCGGAGUUAAUGGGCUUGAACGAACACCAGUGGAAAGCUCUUACCGAGUACGAUGAAAUUGUGUUCGCGCGCACAACGCCUGAGCAGAAAUUGCGCAUUGUGAGGGAGUUCCAGGUCAAUGAUGUGGUGGGCAUGACGGGCGACGGCGUCAAUGACGCGCCUUCGCUGAAGGCGGCCGAUGUUGGCAUCGCCAUGGGAAGCGGCUCGGAUAUUGCGAUUGAAGCGGCUGAUAUGGUCUUGCUUGACACUUUCUCGUCUGUUGUUGAGGCCGUGCAGUAUGGCAGGGUCGUUUUUGACAACCUGAAGAAGGUUAUCUGCUAUUUGCUGCCAGCAGGUAGUUUUGCUGAGUUCUGGCCGGUGAUGACGAACGUUCUGUUUGGACUGCCGCAGAUUUUAUCAUCAUUUUUAAUGAUCAUUAUUUGCUGCUUCACGGAUUGCGCCGCCGCAACGGUCCUCUCCUACGAAAAACCCGAAGCCGACGUCCUGCUGCGCAAACCCCGCAACAUCAAGAAAGACCGCCUCGUCAACUGGCAACUUGUGGUACACGCAUACGGCGUCGUAGGUGUGAUGGAAACGGUGGUUUCAUUCGCCAUGGCGUACUGGUACCUCGAGCUGAACGGCCUGCGAUUCCGUGACUUGUGGUUCUCGUUUGGAGCUCUGCCGGAGGGGAUUGAUGCCGAGUUUUAUACCCAGAAGUUGAAUCAGGCGUCUUCGAUUUACUUCGUUAACCUUGUUGUUAUGCAAUGGUUCAACCUCCUUGCCGUUCGCACUCGACGAUGGAGCAUAUUCCAGCACCCACCACUUUUUAACGUAAGGACUUCGAACUGGUACCUCUUCCCGGCUAUCGUCUUUUCGUUGUGCAUGGCCAUCCUCUGGCUCUACAUACCGCAGCUGCAGUCCGUUCUGGGGACGUCACCUGUGCCGACGGCGCACUGGUUCUUGCCCAUGGCUUUUGGUCUGUUCAUUCUAUUCUUGGACGAGGCGAGGAAGUUUUUGGUGAGAAAGUAUCCAAAUGGUCCAACUGCCAAGAGUGCAUGGUAG